AGAGCUCAAGCUGGCUGCUGGCGUGGCCGCGCGGGCGUGCUGCCGUGUUGCCUUGGAGUUGGAGCAGGGGAGGGCAGGGGAGAGCGCGCGGUGCCGUGUGCUGCGAUCUGGGAUCAAACCGGCCGGCGGCGGCACUAGCCUACACGACGGCCCGAGCUUCCUCGACGGCCAUGCGGGUGGUGGUGACGGGAGCGACGGGGUUCAUGGGCGCCCGCCUGUGCGCCGCGCUGGCCGGCGCCGGCCACGACGUGCGCGCGUUCGCGCUCUGCGGCGUCGACGCCUCCGGCCUCCCUCCCUCCGUCGAGGUGGUCUACGGCGACGUCACCGACGAGGAGUCGCUCGCCGCCGCCUUCCGCGGGCGCGACGUCGUGUUCCACACCGCCGCGGCCGUCGAGGCGUGGCUCCCCGACGCCUCCGUUUUCCACACCGUCAACGUGGGGGGACUUGAGAAUGUGUUGAAGGCUGCCAAGAGAACGCCAGCAGUGAAGAAGAUAGUUUACACAUCGUCAUACUUUGCAAUUGGCCCAACGGAUGGGUAUGUCGCUGAUGAGAAACAGGUCCAUAAAGGGAAAGCAUUUUGUACAGAGUAUGAGAAAUCAAAGUUUCUAGCAGACAGGAUUGCACUGCAGGCAGCCGCAGAGGGGGUGCCGAUCACCAUAGUCUACCCAGGCGUCAUGUAUGGCCCUGGAACGCUUACAUCUGGAAAUCUUGUCUGCCGUGUUUUAAUUGAAAGGUUCAAUUGGCGUUUACCUGGUUACAUUGGAGACGGGUACGACAGAGAGUCGUUCAGCCAUGUCGAUGACGUGGUUAGCGGCCACAUAGCAGCUAUGGAGAAGGGCAGAGUGGGUGAAAGAUAUCUCCUCACCGGAGAGAACACGUCAUUCGAGCAGAUUUUCAAUCUGGCUGCGAAUAUUACAAACACAAAGCCACCCAAAUUCCACAUACCUCUCUGGUUGCUUGAAAUCUAUGGGCGGAUUUCAGUUUUUGUUGCUCGCAUAACUGGAAAGCCCCCACUUAUCAGCUAUCAUGCAGUGGAUUGUAUCAGACAUCAAUGGGCAUACUCAUGUGACAAGGCCAAGAAGGAGCUGGGCUAUAGUCCUAGAAGCUUAACUGAAGGAUUAGCAGAGACGCUCUUAUGGCUGAAGAAUGAGAAACUGAUCGAAUUCUAAAGCUGUAUCUGUUUUCAUUUGAGUCCAUUCUGAAUUUUUUCUAUCAUGUCAUGCAACAGAACUAGUAUAGAAGACAUUAAAGAAGUUGCUGAGAAGGACAAAUGAUAGGGGCAUAGGUACGAAAGGGUACUUACCAACCAAAACCAGGACACCAUGUGACGAUGUGAAUGUAGCACUGGCUUCAUAUUGGAUGGAAAUGCACUAUGCAGGGUCAAAGUUGUGAUUGCU